AGUUCCUGGAUUCCAUUACAAUUCCCUUUUCGUCCAGAAUGCUUUAAAGGAAUGUUAAAUCGACUGCAGUACUUGGACUAAUAUUUUAUUUUGUCAUCUUUGAAAGAACAAAAUCAAAAGUUGACCCAAAGAGUGUUUAAACUUGGCACAUAAACGACUCUAAUUAGUGCAGAUUUUUCUUAUAUUUGUGAAGUUUCCACCUGGUUCCCAGUGGUGGUAAAACUCCAAACUGCUUUAAUGUUGAAUCAUGGCUACAACUCAGUCAGACGACAAUUUCCGUCAGCUGCCACCAGGAACAAAACCUUUGGACCACCAAGUAGCUGGACACCUAGUGAAUCGAAAGAACAAUGUAAUAUCUUUCCUUCAGACAAAGGAGAAGACUUUACUGAAACUUAUCCAACUCCCACCACGGGGUCUUCGUGAACUAAAUUUUUACCAGACUGUCUUUGAUGAAAAGGCUGAAUCAGAUCCCAUCCUCAAACGCUUGAAGGACUUCUUACCGUACUUCUAUGGCACUUGCAAAUUUGAUAUUUUCCCUGAUGAACUGUACCUUCACUUAGAAGACAUGACAGUUGAAUUUGAAAAAGCUAGUAUUGCUGACAUAAAGAUUGGAAGCCAGACUUAUGAUCCGGAAGCUUCUGCUGAGAAAAUUCAAUAUGAAAAAAUUAAAAAUCAGUUUUCAACAGAGGUUGGUUUUAAAUUGGGAUUUCGGGUAUAUCGUCCUUCAACUGAUACCUUUCAUUUCGCCUGUCGAAAGAAGCUUCUGCAACUUGACCGGUUUCAAAUUUUAGAAGAAGGUAUUGGUGAAUAUUUUAAUUUGUCUGAAAGUUUACGCAAAGAUGCCGUCUUUGCAAUCUUACUUGAGCUCAUCGACAUCAAAAACUGGUUUGAAAAUCAACGAAAAUUUGCAUUUUAUUCCUCUUCCAUACUGUGCAUUUAUGAAGGCCUUUGGCCUUGUAAGCAGCAUUUAGCAGCAGUGUCCCGCUUACUUCCAUCAAAUCAUUCUGUUGUAAACAAGAACAAAGGUGAUUGCUGUGCAACGACAAAUCUCGAAGAUCUUUUGCAGAGUUCAUAUGGAAAAAAAGAUUCUUGUGUCAAAGUGAAGAUGAUUGAUUUCGGUCAUGUGUAUACAACAUGUGAAAGGGACAAUAAUUAUUUAAUUGGAUUGGACAGUUUAAUUAACUAUUUAAAAAGGCUACUUACAGAGUUAUAAAAUUGUUAAUUACUAAAAUAUCAACUCCAGCAAGUCAGCUCUGUUCCAACACAGCAAUAGAUACAAACAGGUUGAUGCGUCCAUUGCUGUUGACUGUCUCAUUUACUGCUUUUUAUUUUUCCACAGCUUUUAACACUUUCAGACAUGGUAUAUAAUAAAUAAUAUAAAAUAA